AUGGGCGCUCAUGGCCACGCGGGCGUGGUCGUGGUCACGGCGGUGUCACUGGCCAACCCCUACGCCGUCGAGGAGAUCCAGGUCUUCCCGGAGUGCAGUGUGCUCGUGCUGGUCUUCGUCAAGAUCAGGCAGGGCGACUUCGUCGCGGAGGACGUUGUGGAGAGGUUCAGACCUAUGGGAUACGAACGGAGCCAGCUCUGGAAGGCCUACGAUGGCGUGGAGGCCGAGUGGAGGGAGAACGUGAAGGGGCUCGCCCACGGUGGAGGUGCGCCUCGGUGA